UAAAAUAAAAGCUAGGCCAAACACCCCCCUUAACCCACGAAAACUAUCGGUUUAGCACCCAAGUGAAAGUGAUAAUCUUGUUGGAAUAAUUCAGCCUUUUGCAUCUCUCAAGCUACGUUUGCGCGAUUCGUUGUUUCUCAUCCAUCAUCAACUGCUCCAGAUCGGUGACUUGAAAAGAGGAUGUUGCUGGCUGUGUUGAUCGCUAACUCCGAGGGAAAUAUCCUCGUUGAACGUUUCAAUGGUGUUCCGGGUGAGGAACGGUUGCAUUGGCGAUCUUUCUUAGUCAAACUUGGAGCAGAUAACCUUAAAGGUGUCAAGAAUGAAGAACUUUGUGUUGCAUGCCACAAGUCUGUAUACAUUGUGUACACUGUGCUUGGACAUGUCAGCAUCUAUCUUGUCGGCAAGGAUGAGUAUGAUGAACUUGCUUUGUCGGAAGCAAUAUUUGUUGUUACCUCAGCCAUAAAAGAUGUAUGUGGGAAGCCACCGACAGAGCGCCUUUUUCUGGACAAGUAUGGUAGAAUAUGCUUGUGUCUUGAUGAGAUUGUAUGGAAGGGGUUGCUGGAGAACACAGACAAGGACAGAAUCAAAAGGCUGAUAAGGUUGAAGCCUCCAACAGAGUUCUGAUCAUGUCUCCUACCUCCGGCGAACCACAAUGCUCCUCCUAAGCUUCUUUUUAGUUUUUUGAUUCCUUGUAUAAAAAGGGCAAAUGUCUUCUCAUGGUAUGACAUUUCCUUUUGUUGUUUCCUGCUCAUUUUAAUCUUGAAUUUUACUCCUAUGUUGUUUUUUCUUCUAAAGUUUAUUGUAGAGGUUGGUGGGUCAAAAUGGAUUUCUCUUUAUGCUUUUGGUGCGUUGGGUUUACCCGAUACACUUUUUUCGUCAAAUUACUUUUAAAUAAUCAGUGUCUUAACAUU